GGUGGUGGAGAUGGAGGCAGCGCAGCCACAUGUGUGCCAGGAGUACUCCCUGGAAGAGCUGGCAAAGGCAACGGCGGAUUGGGCAGAGGAGAACAGGAUUGGCAGCGGCAGCUUUGGGGAUGUCUACAAGGGCCGGUUGGACGUUCUGAUUGGAGUGGCAAAGGGGCUGCAGUACCUUCAUGACUUUGGCAUUGUGCAUCGCGACAUCAAGCCAGCCAACAUUCUCCUUGAUGCAAAAAUGCAGGCCAAGAUUGCAGACUUUGGGCUGGUGAAGCUGAGUGGAGGCACCUCCAUGGGCACCUCCAUGGCGGCCACUCGAGUGAUGGGAACACCGGGCUAUGUGGACCCCGCCUACUACAAGACACACAAGGCCACCCCAGCAGCAGACGUGCACAGGUGAGUCCAUGGACAUUGUAGCGCAAGU